GGCGAGGGUAGGCGGGGGUGGGGGUGGGGGUCCUGCCUGCGGGGGGAGCCGGGGCGGCCCCUUGUCCGGCCACCCCCACUGCCCAGUCCCGCUCCCGGCCGCGGCGGCCGCAGCAGCCGCAGCAGUAGCGGCUCCAGGAUGGUGAGCGCCGCUGCCCCCCAGCCCCGGCCUGUCGCCCCCGGCCCGCGCCCCGGCCCCGGGGCCGGACGCCCCCCCAGGCCGCGCACACUCACCUAGGACCCGGCCGGGAUGCCGAGCUCUGUCGAAGAUGCACUGGACACCGGAACACGCCCAGCCCCUCAACCAGUGGCCAGAGCAGCACCUGGACGUCUCCUCCACUACCCCGUCGCCGGCCCACAAGUUGGAGCUGCCCCCUGGGGGUCGCCAGCGCUGCCACUAUGCUUGGGCACACGACGACAUCUCUGCCCUCACGGCCUCCAACCUCCUCAAGCGCUACGCGGAGAAGUACUCAGGGGUCCUGGACUCGCCCUACGAGCGCCCCGCGCUGGGCGGCUAUGGCGACGCCGCCUUCCUCAAUGGCGCCAAGGGGGACCCCGAGCCCUGGCCAGGGCCCGAGCCCCCCUACCCCUUGGCCUCACUCCACGAGGGCCUCCCGGGAACGAAAUCGGCCAGUGGGGGCGGCUCCGGGGGCCUCGGGGGCUCGCCGGUUUUAUCCGGGAACCUAGCUGAUCCCCUCUACGCCGGCAAUGCGUGCGGGGGCCCGUCGGCGGCGCCCGAGUACGCGGCGGGCUACGGCGGGGGGUACCUGGCCCCCGGCUACUGCGCGCAGACUGGCGCCGCGCUGCCCCCGCCGCCCCCCGCCGCGCUACUGCAGCCCCCGCCUCCGCCGGGUUACGGCCCGUCGGGGCCUCUGUACAACUACCCCGCGGGGGGCUACGCCGCUCAGCCCGGAUACGGGGCUCUCCCGCCGCCCCCGGCCCCGCCCCCGGCCCCCUACCUGACCUCCGGCCUGGCGGCGCCCACGCCCCUGCCCGCGCCCGCUCCGCCCCGGCCGGCGCCCACCUCCUACAGCUUCCAGGCGGCCGCUCCCGGCGCCGAGGCCGGCGUGUCGCUGAAGCGCAAGGCGGCCGACGAGGGCGCGGAGGGCCGCUACCGCAAGUACGUCUACGAGCCGGCCAAGGCCCCGGCGGCCGACGGCGCCUCCUAUCCCGCAACGGACAACGGCGACUGUCGGGGCAACGGGUUCCGGCCGAAGCCGCCGGGCGCCGCGGAGGAGGCGUCUGUCAAGUACGGUGGCGGCGUCCCCCUCAAGGUCUUGGGCUCUCCCGUCUACGGCCCGCAACUCGAGCCCUUUGAAAAGUUCCCGGAGCGCGCUCCGGCGCCGGCUCCCCGCGGGGUCUUCGGAGUGCCGUCGGGAGAGCCCCCCAAAGGCGUGGACCCGGGGGCCCUGGAGCUGGUGACGAGCAAGAUGGUGGACUGCGGGCCCCCGGUGCAGUGGGCAGAUGUGGCAGGCCAAGGCGCGCUCAAGGCGGCGCUGGAGGAGGAGCUGGUGUGGCCGCUGCUCAGGCCGCCCGCCUACCCUGGCAGCCCGCGCCCGCCGCGGACCGUGCUGCUCUUCGGACCGCGGGGCGCGGGCAAAGCGCUGUUGAGCCGCUGCCUGGCCACGCAGCUGGGCGCCACGCUGCUGCGCCUGCGCGGAGCGACGCUGGCCGCGCCCGGCGCCGCACCGUACGAGCGCAACCCCGCCGGCUGGGUCGGGCCGCUGGCGCUCGGCCUCCUCACCGGCUUCGUGGGGGCGUUGGGCGCCGGGGCGCUGUUCAUCACGCUCACGCUGUGGCUCACGGGCGGCGACGGCUAUGGCCCGGGCCCGGGCCCCGGCCCGGGCCCUCCCCGGCGCAGGCCUGCCCAGGCGCGCGGCGGGCGGCCACCCAGGCCGCCCCUGUCUGCAGGGCAGCUCGAGCCGUCGAGGGCCCGGGCUGCACGCGGGCCGGUCCCCCCUCGCCUCAGUGCCCCCGGCUGUAAAACGGGAGCGCAGCCCCGGCAGAGUGCCGUCUUCCCCGUAUUAUAA